AUGACAAUGAUACCGAUGACAGAUCAUGACGGAGAGAAAUACAUUAAUGAAAUAGUUGGUGGUGUUAGUGGUUGUUUAGUUCUUGUUGCUUGUAUCAUUGUAAUAGUUUGUGUAAUUAAAACGAGGAACAAAAGAGCUCAGAAAAGAAAAGAGAAUAAAUUUCCAUUCAAAACAGUCGACGGUGAUUUGGAAAUGUCCCCGAGGUCACCCGAUAUUUCAAAAAAUACAUUCAGAAAUACUUAUACGGGGAACAACCACUCAACAAAUCCAGAAAUGAUCAUCACACCAAACGAAGUAUACGUUAGUGUUGAUUCCUUACGGCAAACCACAUUCAAUACGUUUAAUAAGCGGAGUCCAGAAAUGGAGAUCAUCGAAAAUGAUCUCUAUGUGAGCUCGGACAGUGUUUUUAGAGACCACGCUUCAAACAACCGUAAUCUGAAACAGGAAAUGGAGAUUAUCGAAAAUGACCUCUAUAUUAGCUCGGACAUAGUUAGUAAAGAUUUCUCUUCGGACCGAGGCAAUCCCAAACCGGAAAUGGAGAUUAUUGAAAAUGACCUCUAUGUAAGCUCUGACAUAGUUAGUAAAGACUACUCUUCGGACAGAGGCAAUCCCAAACCGGAAAUGGAAAUCAUUGAAAAUGACCUCUAUGUAAGCUGGGACAACGUCUGUAAAGACAGCAAUAAUCCUAAACCGGAAAUGGAAAUCAUUGAAAACGACCUCUAUGUGAGCUCAGACAGUGUGUGCAAAGAAAACCCUUCAGGCAACGGUAAUCUUAAACCGGAAAUAGAAAUAAAUGAAAGUGACAAUGCAAACGAUGAAAAUUUUAGUGAUCCCAAUAAGGAAUUUGACCACAAUCGACAAAAAUUCAAAGCAAGCCCACAUUAUUAUGUAGUGUACCCAAACUGUGAUGUAGACGAAUAUGUGGUCUAG